AUGAGCGGUAGUGGCGAGAGACGUAAGGGGUCGGUGAAGUGGUUCGACACCCAGAAGGGGUUCGGCUUCAUUACACCCGACGACGGCGGUGACGAUCUCUUCGUUCACCAGUCCUCCAUCAGAUCUGAGGGAUUUCGCAGCCUUGCCGCUGAGGAAUCUGUCGAGUUCGAGGUCGAGUCCGACAACAACGGCCGUCCCAAGGCUGUCGAUGUCUCUGGACCCGACGGCGCUCCCGUUCUCGGAAAUACCGGUGGCGGUUCCUCUGGGGGACGCGGUGGUUUUGGCGGUGGAAGAGGUGGGGGACGUGGUGGUGGCGACCGUGGUUACAGCAGUGGAGGAGGCGGUGGUUACGGUGGUAGAAGCGGCGGUGGCCGUGGAGGUGGUGGUGGCGAUGGCACUUGCUUCAAGUGCCAGGAGCCAGGUCACAUGGCGAGAGACUGUCCUCAAGGUGGUGGAGGCUACGGAGGAGGUGGCGGCGGCGGUAGAGGUGGUGGUGGCUUGAGCUGCUACAGCUGUGGAGAGUCGGGCCAUUUUGCAAGGGAUUGCACAAGCGGCGGUCGUUGA